UGCCCGGUGCCGCGCCCCGUGUGCAGGCGGCGGGGACGGCUCCGGGCCGCCGCGCAGGGCCAGGGGAGGGGGCGGCGGGGCGAUGGGCAGAGCCCACGCUGCCCGGCUGCCGGCCGGGGGGCUACGCUAGGGCGGCCCCGGUGGCCGGGGAUCCCCCCCGCGCCCCUGGGGCGGCGAGGAUGCAGCACCCGCUGGAAUUGGGCGCCGCGCGCUACUUCCCGGCCGAAGCCUUCCCCGACCACCGCUCCCACCGCUACCGCAGCUUCAUGAUCGAGGAGAUCCUCACCGACCCCCCGGACGCCAAGGGGGCCGCGCCGCCCGGGGAGCUGCUCAAGUUCGGGGUGCAGGCGCUGCUCUCCGCCCGGCCCUACCACAACCACCUCGCGGUGCUGAAGGCGGAGCCGGCCGCCGUGUUUAAGUUCCCGCUGGCUCCCCUGGGCUGCUCGGGGCUGGGCUCGGCGCUGCUGGCCGCCGGCUCGGGGCUGCAGGGCGGCUCCGCCUCGCCGCAUCUCCCGCUGGAGCUGCACCUCCGCGGGAAGCUGGAGCCGGGCCCCCCGGAGCCGGGCAAAGCCAAGAAGGGCCGCCGCAGCCGCACCGUCUUCACCGAGCUGCAGCUCAUGGGGCUGGAGAAGCGCUUCGAGAAGCAAAAAUACCUCUCCACGCCCGACAGAAUAGACCUGGCCGAAUCGCUGGGGCUCAGCCAGCUCCAGGUGAAAACCUGGUACCAGAACAGGCGCAUGAAAUGGAAGAAAAUAGUGUUGCAGGGGGGCGGUCUGGAGUCCCCCACCAAGCCCAAGGGCCGCCCGAAGAAGAACUCGAUCCCCAGCAGCGAGCAGCUCUCGGAGCAGGAGCGCGCCCGGGAUGCCGAGAAGCCGCCCGAGAGCCUGGGCUCGCCGGCCGAAGUCAGCCAGGAGGAGUGAGGGGGGCCCGCCCCGCCGGCCGGAGAGGAUGGAGGGCAGCUCGGACAGUGGCUGCGGCCGCCUCGGCCUCGGGACGUUUGGACGCUUUGGCCGCAUCUCGGUCUCUCCCCGCCCCUCCUCCCCUCUCCGCGCCCGCGGAGCACUGCGCUGUGCCACGGCCGCCGUGCUGUGCGGCGGCCCGAGGGGCCAGCAGGACACUGGAUCCCACCAUCCACAUCUACUCGCUGUCUAAAACCCUGUGGUGCCCCUAGUUAUUCGAAAACUGCAUUUUAUGAUCAGUUUUAUUAAUGCGAAGAUAUUUACUUUAUUUCAAUAAAGUAUUUUAUGAACUAUUACUCUGAGUAAUGUAAUGCUUUGGGGUUGAUUUUUUUUUAAAAAUUGCUGAGGGUUUUUUUUUUUUUGGU